AUGCGUCUCUGCGGCAGCAAUAAGGUCGUCCAGCGCAAGCUGGUGCUCCUCGGAGAUGGCGCCUGUGGGAAAACCAGUUUACUCAAUGUCUUCACCCGAGGCUUCUUUCCGACCGUCUACGAACCCACAGUGUUUGAGAACUAUGUCCACGAUAUCUUCGUCGACGGAAUACAUAUGGAAUUGUCGCUAUGGGACACGGCGGGUCAAGAGGAAUUCGACAGGCUACGGUCGUUGUCAUACGACGACACCCAAGCUAUCAUGUUAUGUUUCAGCGUUGACAAUCGAGGAUCCCUGGAGAACGUCGGAUCGAAAUGGAUCGCCGAAAUAAACGAACACUGUCCCGGCGUCAAGAUCGUGCUCUGCGCGCUGAAGUGCGAUCUACGGGAAGAGCUCGAGAAAGAAGACGACGACGAGCCGAGUGCGCCUCCGAGACCCAUGAUACAAUACAACGAUGGCCUGGAAGUUGCUAGACGGAUUGGUGCUCUACGAUAUCUCGAAUGCUCAGCCAUGCGAAAUCGUGGAGUCAAUGAAGCUUUUACAGAAGCCGCCAGAGUCGCACUCCAAGUCAAACCAGCAAAUUCGAAGGAAGACUCGAAAUGUACAAUCAUGUGA